AUGCUCAGUCUCGCAUUCACUGUCAUUCUCACACAUUGGACAACCACCCAAUCGUCCAUGUCAGCCUCAAUCCAUCCGAGCGACCGUCAGGGCCAGAUCGAGUGGGUCUGGAUGUGCUUUGCGCAGUGGACUCGGGCUCAGCGCGAGGUCUUCCUGCGACGCGUGCUGGACCGAGUGGUGCCUGGCGAGCUCGACGAUCUGACCUUCCUGCUGGACCGGACGAUGCGACUCCCAGACGAAGGCGCAUCGUACAGCACGACCAUGCAGUGCGAUGACCAGGGCGAGUUGUUGAGCAGCAGCGCGUUCGUGGACCAGCAGCAGCAGCAGCAGCAGCAGCAGCAGGACGUUGCGCUCGCUUGGCUCGAUCGGUGGUCGGACACGGAGCGCAACGCAAUGCUCAACGGACUGUCGGAGAUUGACAUUCACAUGAUGAACGAGUUUCAAGACUGGGUGCGGCGGCUGCGAUGGCGAUGAAUAUCCCCCGUCAUCUGCCGUGAUGUUCGACGUUUUGGAACGAACAACUCUGAACGUGUAUUAACCCAAUGACAAGAUCGUACAAGAAGGAGCGAGAGUCUUCACCCCCUCUUGUAGACGGCACGGCGCCCAUGAACGGAUUUUGACGUGGCCGACAGUGUUAACAAGUAACGAAUGGAUGGUGCUUUGUUCAAGACGCCAACGAGAACAACAACAGCCAGCCUCGUCGUACAAGUGCCAAGCUCAGCACGUAGAUGCCGGCGCUCACAGGCACAGGAUGAUUCCAUUGCACUGAUGAUGUGAUUGUUGUCGCAGAA